GGCAGCCCUGCUGAACCUAGUGUCACUUGUCAACCCAAUGUCAGAUGACGAAGGUCACGUAAAUAAUUAUAAUUUUUUAAACAUUGCGAUAACCAAAAUGAGAACAUAACACUUCAUGUGUAGAGCGUGUUUGUCACACUAUAGUGUCGUCAAAUAUUGACUUUUGGUAUGUCUUUCUGCGAUUGAACCCAGAUCUUCGUCAUUUAACAUAUGGACGUGUGACAAGUGCCAAACAGCAUGUUUUCAGCCAUAAAGCGCUUUGCAAGUAAAGGGGAUGGCUCCCCGAAUAGUUCUACGGUCGUUUCGCGCCCCCCGAGCCACCAAGCCAUGUCCUCCUCACUACAAAGAAAAUUCGCCAGGGGCGUGCAAUAUAACAUGAAAAUCGUAAUCAAAGGGGACAGAAAUGUAGGAAAGACUUGUUUGUUUCAUCGCCUGCAAGGGAAGAAAUUUAUAGAGGAGUACAUUCCAACGGAGGAGAUUCAAGUCACUUCUAUCCAGUGGAACUACAAGGCUACUGAUGAUGUGGUCAAAGUUGAGGUGUGGGAUGUGGUGGAUCGUGGGAAGAAGAAAAAGCGGUUUGAGGGUUUGAAGCUAGAGAAUUCGCAGAUCGAGAUGCCGGAAGAGCCAGCGCUGGAUGCUGAGUUUUUGGAUGUUUAUAAAGGGACGAAUGGGGUGAUUAUGAUGAUGGAUUUGACCAAAACGUGGACUUUUGAUUAUGUUCAGAGAGAGCUGCCGAAGGUCCCUGCCCACAUUCCUGUUAUUAUUUUAGCGAAUCAUUGUGAUAUGGCACACCAUAGGACUGUCACUACAGAUCAUGUUACUUUCUACAUCGAAUCAAUUGCAAGUUCUCGUUCGGCGCAAGUCCGCUACUCCGAAUCUUCAAUGCGCAACGGUUUCGGCCUCAAACUCCUCCACAAAUUCUUCAACCUCCCUUUCCUCCAGCUCCAGAAAGAAACCCUCUUAAAACAGCUCGAACGUAACGAAAUGGAAAUCGGCGCCACCAUCCAAGAACUGGACAUGUUCUGCGACUCCGACGAGGCCAACUACGGCAAGUUCCUCGAGAACCUGGUGCGAAAAAGGCGCGAAAUCGCCGACUCCAACGCCAACAUCCCGCCCCCGGCCCAGCAAAUGCGCACUUCCGCAUCUAGUCAGCAGGUGUCUUCUGCAAACCCAGUGCAAUGCGACGUGAAGCGCUCCCAGAGCGGACCGAUCGUCAUCGGGGCCGGCAAACCCAUCCCCUACGGUAACCCCAGCGUGAAGAAACUGCCGCCGACGCAGGUGUCGAAGAGCUCGAGUCAGAGCUCCGGGUUCAUCAGCAAAGUGGGGGUGGACCAGGUGGUGGAGGGCGGCGUGCCGGAUUUGAGGCGGCUGGAGAUCAGCCCGAUUACUUCGGUGGAGGAGUUUUGUCCGGACGGGGGGCAAAUCGAUAGGAGUUUUCUGGAUGAUGUGCAAUAUAGCGUCCAGAAUAACGCCAAGGUGGAGGAGAAUGAGUCUGACUCGGAUACGGAUACUGGGAAUCCUUUGGUUUCUGAGCUCCAGGAGGACUUUGAGCCGGAGGAGUUGGGGUCGUCGUCGAAGAAGGUUAGUUAUAAGGUUGAGUUUAAAGCGCCUGCGCCGAUGCGGAUUGGGAGGUCGGACGAAAGUAGCGAGAUUGAGGGAGACAAGACUGCCCCUGAGGACUACGAUAUGAAGCAAACCAACGACGAAUUUGAUUCCACGAUUAAUUCGGAGAUUUCGGAGCUUACGUCAGACGCGUAUGAUGGCUGGAUUGGGGCUGAUACGAAGUGGAGGAGGUCACCAGAAGGGGGCGAAGACGUCUCCGUCGUGAGUCAAACCUUGGACUACAGCAACAGCACCGCGUACGACGACAGCACGAGCGUGACGUCAUCCAACGUCCACAUGGAGCUCCUCAGCUCCAAGCACAGCCCCCUGUCUCCCAACGGCAGCGUGCACAGCGACAGCGAGGAGAACCACACAUCCAGUUCAGUGAAAAAAGAGAAAAAGAAAAAAGACAAAGAUAAGGCUGAUAAAAAACACAAGAGCAAAAAAUCAAAAGACAAGGCUCGAGAAAAAGAAAAACACAAGGACUCGAAUAAGGGCGAACGAAGAAACAAGCGAAGAUCCAGGGACGAAACUUCGUCCCGCAAAGACGAACUCGAAGAGUUUUUGAACGGAAGUGCGAGUCCACCUAUCGAUGCAGCGUACGAGGCCAUCUAGCGGACGUCGGUGACGUAACUAUCUUGUUGCUAACAGCGCCUGCGCCUUCCACUUUUAUAUGCUUCAUACAGUUUACAAAUGUUAUUUUGAAAUAAAUUUGUUUCAUGUGAUAUGAAUUCAGAAUUGUUGUUAUGAUGUGCUAGUAGCUUUGCAAUGUGGUCAAACAAUUAACCAACUUAUAACUGAAGAAUAUGACAAAAUAUUAACUUUUCAUGUCAAUUUAGGGUAAAACAAUAAAUAUGUAGCUGCCAAGUCAAUAAGUAUUUUCUGGUUACUUCAAAGUGUUACUUGCAAACAGGAUGUGUGCCUAACUUUUUUUUCGGACGUAUUUUUCUACACCACGUGGAGUUCGACUGUGCAUUUUUUCAACCUCUACUGUUGUUACAUUUAUUGUUUAAUAAUCCGCUAUUAAAAUUUUAAAGAUUUAUAUUGUCUGCAUAUUUGUUUUGUUUUUAAUGUGACUAUUGUUAAUAUAUUCGAUUUUAAAUAUGAGCGCAGUGUUUUUUAUGAAAUAAAUAAAUAACUUCAAAAGUU